CCUCUGGAGCUUCUCUCCGUCGCCGCCAGGACUUGGUCGCCGGUCUUCCCUGCCGACCUCACACCAACAACUUAGCCUCUACAGGAUCACGCCUACAAACACCACGCCCUUGAUCGCUUCGAUCGCCUUCAGGACAAUUCCAAUCUUCAACAACCCUCAAACACCCAAACCCUAGCCGAUCUCUGCCGCGACACAUCAUCCAUGGCGUCUUCGUCUUCCUCUGCUGGGGCGACCAUUGGUGCUCCCCCUGCCACAAAGCUCACGCGGGACAACUUCCUCUCGUGGCAAGCUCAAGUCCUUCCCACCCUCCGUGGAGCUCGCGUCAUGCGAUUGCUCGAAGGUUCUGAUCUGCCACCGCCUGAGUUCGUCGAUGGCGAAGAUGCUGACAAGGAGAAGAUCCAGAUUCCCAAUCCUGCCUAUGAUGUCUGGAUCACGCGGGAUCAACAGGUCGUAAGCUACAUCGUCAACUCUCUGUCUGAAGAUAUUCUCUCUCAUAUCUAUGGUAUGGUUCAUGCGGCUGAAGUUUGGCAUGCUAUCCACGAGCUGUUUUCUUCUCAGUCCAAAUCACGGGUUUCGGCAUGCUAUCCACGAGCUGUUUUCUUCUCAGUCCAAAUCACGGGUUUCCAACAUCCGUGGUGCACUCAUCAACACAAAGAAACUUGAUAUGACAGCCCAACAAUAUAUCACCAAGAUGAAAGGUUUUGCUUCUGAACUUGCUACUGCGGGAAAGAUUGUUGAUGAUGAUGAACUCAAGGAUUAUAUCAUGAAUGGACUUGAUAGUUCCUAUAAUGGUUUUGUUGCUGCUCUCAAAGUUGUUCCCUCCACAUCUCUCAAUGACAUGUGCUCUCAGCUGCUGUCUUACGAAAGCCGUGAUGCUAUGCUCUCUGUUACUGGUCAAGCUUCCGGGUCGUUUAUGUCCUCUAUUAAUGCUGCUUCUCGUGUUCCGAACCUUGACUCUGCAGGAGGUCCGGCGAAACAGCCAGCAUCAGCACUAUACAUGCCCCCUCAUCAUCCUUCCUACCAGCCGGCCCACCAGUAUCAGCCGGUCGCUCCAUAUGCGCCUGCUCCUCCGGUCGCUCAGUAUGCGCCUGCUCCUCAGUACCCUCCACCGGCUCCAUACAUGUCUCCAUACCACCAGUCGGCUCCUUACAUGCCCCAUCAGUACCCUCCACCAGCUCCAUACCCGCAGCAGUUUGUACCAGUGCCGUAUAUGCAGCCCUACAUGCCUCCUCCACAGCAGCAACAGCGCCCUCAACGUCCUCACCAACAGCAGCAGCAGCAGCAGCGCCCACGUCAGGACCGUCGUCCAAAAGGAGGGCGCAAGGAUCGUCGUGCCACACCAUGGCAGGAAGGUAUCUUCUGCCAAAUUUGCAAAAAGGAAGGUCAUCCGGCUGAUGAGUGCUGGUGGCGCUAUGGUGAUGAUGAUGAUACUGACAAGCCACCAAAGGAGACCAAAGGUGCCUAUGGUGUUGAUAGAAACUGGUAUAUAGACACAGGUGCAACCAAUCAUGUUAAUGGUCAGCUCAACAAGCUCCAUGUUCAUGAACCAUAUCAGGGGCAUGAUCAAGUUAAUACUGCUAGUGGACAAGGAUCAGGCAACGAAGCGCACCGUGUUUAGAGGUCCCUGUCAUGGAGGCUUGUAUCCACUCGUUCCCGUGUCUUCGGAUUCCUCCAAGCAUGCUCUUGCCACUAUCCAGCCUUCAUCCUCUACAUGGCAUCGUCGUCUAGGCCAUCCAUCUUCGUUUAUUGUUCAGAAAAUUCUUAGGAAGCAUAAACUUUUAUAUUCCCCAGAAAUAAAUCCUUACAUAUGUGAUCCAUGCCAACAGGCCAAGAGUCAUCAGCUACCCUACCCUGUAUCCACUAGUGUGUCUACAGUUCCUUUGGAACAAAUAUUUUCUGAUGUAUGGGGUCCAGCUCCUCUCUCUGUAAGCAAACAUGCAUACUAUGUAAGCUUCAUUGAUGAUUUUAGCAAGUUUACCUGGA